AUGGCUUCCGUUAUAUAUUUUUCUCGCCGACUUUUUGCAGCAUCGAGGUCACCCCUAUCGAGCUGUGCGCGGUCAAUUCACACCAAUUUCGGGACAUUUCAAGAGGGUGAUAGGGUAAUAUUAAAUACGACGAAGGGCGUAACCUUGACGAAACCACUCAAAAAGGAUCAAAAAACCGACGUACGUGGUGGAUAUAUUGAGCAUAACCAUAUCAUUGGUAAAGGUGCCAGAGAUGUGGUACGGACACAUAAUGGUCGUGGUGACUUUCGAAUAACCCAGCCUACCCUCGAGGAAUAUGUAUCUCUUACCCGACGACUCGUCACUCCGGUGUAUGCAGCGGAUGCGAGCUUAAUAGUUUCGCUCCUAGAUAUUCACACACCACCUCCUACCGGAGACGAACCGCAUGACGAACCACUAGAGAUUCUGGAGGCCGGAACAGGCCAUGGAUCUCUAACGCUACAUAUUGCAAGAGCUAUAAAUGGGGCAAAUACAUCUCCACCCCCCAUUCCGCAAGCCACCCAACGAACAAUUCUGGACUCGCAGGGCCACACCCAGGACACAGGUGAAAUAACAGAGGAGGAGAAUAUUAAACAGAACGACUGGGAUGUAUGGAGGGCCAAACGCAAUGCGAUUCUUCAUACAGUCGAAAUUUCACCCAAGGUUUCAGCCCACGCCGAGAAAGUUGUGCGGGGCUUCAGGAGAGGCAUCUACACAGGCAGCGUAGAUUUCUACGUUUCUAGUGCGGAAGGCUGGAUCCAACACCAAAUCGAAAGCCGAAGCUCAAAACUUCCUCCCGGGGAAAAGCUAAAACCAUUCCUGUCUUAUGCAAUAUUAGACAUGCCAUCGGCAGAAAAGCGCAUUCCUGAAGUUGCCCGCGUUCUCAAAACCGAUGGAGUACUGGCUGUCUUUACACCAAGUAUCACCCAAAUCGGGGACUGUGUUCAACUGAUUAAGGACCAGAACCUACCUUUUAUCUUUACAAAGGCUGUGGAACUUGGAAUGGGAAUUAGCGGUGGACGGUUAUGGGAUGUUCGGCCGGCGGUUAUUAGAGCAAGUUUGAAAAGCCGAGAUGUGGCAGAAAACUCAUCUAGCGAAGCAGAGGGUAGUCCUAUAGAGACCUCACUUAGCGACAACCAAACACACUCCAUCAACGAAGAAGAUGCCGGUAUGCACGCAUCACCAGAGAGUGAGCUUGGAGAAGGGAACCAGUCCGUCAAGCAUGUGAUGGUUUGCCGGCCCAAGGUCGGAGAGAGGAUUGUGGGCGGUGGCUUUGUUGGAAUAUGGAGAAUGGGGAAAGCUUAG